GUCACUUUAGUCAGUUAUUAUCUAGUCGGAGUUUCUGCUUGUGACAGGAAGCUGAUCUCAGAUUUAUUUCCUCCAAACUGAUCGCCUACUGUACAUUUUGAGAGACUCUCGUCAGUCGACCGUCGCGAUGUUCUGACUCCUCAGAGCUCCAUUCAGCGUCUUCUUCCAUCUGAAUCUUCAUCUGCCGCUGGCCCCACAGCCACCCCUGCAGCCAUGGCUAGCAUCCCAAGGAACUGGGUACUGAAGCCUCUUUCCCCCCUCCUUCAACCCUCAGACAUGCGCACCAUCGCCGGCCCGGCACGGAGGGAGUCCCCAGACUUGAGCGAUCCAAUCUUCAGCUCCGACAGCAUCUCCGUCACUGGUAGUCAUUCCUCAGUGGUCAUCUCCUCUCAGCAGGGUGACGGGUGCAGACACGUUUUAGUUCAGGUCGCUGUGUCGCAGGAUGGAGGGAGCGCCAGCGAUGAGUGGCAUCCCAGCAGCUGCAUCGAUCCCAGCAGUCCCAGCAGCAGCUCGGGCUCUCACUGCGGUUUCUACUCCUUCGUGGAGGAUCCGUCUAGUCCCGAGGCCGAGAUGAACGAAGCCUGGAUGCUCUCACCGCAGCGGCAGACUCAGCUGUCAACCUUGAAGAAGGAGAAAGGAUUCAAACUACAGACCUACACCAGCAUCCAGAAGCCAGAGAGUCUUUUUGCAAAGAGCGAUGGAGACUCACAGUACAAAGUGGAACAGAAGAACGGCAACAAAGUAAUCCGGAAGGAAGAGGACAACCAGCUUCGGAGGGAGAUCAUUCGCUGCCAAGCACCAAAGAAGAACCCCACAUUUAAAGAUGAGCUGAGUGCGCUGAAGGACCUGGACCUGAGCAGAUCUACCAAUAAACUGAUAGAAGGUCUCAGCGUGAGUUACAGUACUGUCAGCUCCAGAACAGAACCUCCCUGCCUCGCUGAUUACGGGUCCAUUGACAAGGAGCAGAUCAACUUCAGUGCUGCCCGACAACAGUUCCUGAAGAUGGAGCAGGACCGGGUGACUGCCCUGUCCAGCCCUCUAAGGUCCUCAAGAACACAUCUGAAUGUGUCUCUGCAGCCACAUCCUGAUAUGUCCUCAUCAGAGCAAAUGGAGACAUACGAAAAUUUGGAAGUGAGCGAGGAUACAACAACUUCUAUAACGACGGAAGAAGAUGAGAUCUACCCAGAGAAGGAGCUGACAGAGAGUCUUAGCCGGCCAAGCAGUGUGUUCGAUAGCCUGGACCCUGACCUGGAGGAGCUGACUGUGGAGGUGGGCGGCGGCUACACCAGUGAUGAUGGCAUGUUCUAUGAUGGCACUCAGCAAGAGAACAGGAGCUGCAAGUCCACCAGCGACUAUGAGACCCCCAUUGAAAGGGAGAUCCGGUUAGUUCAGGAACGUGAGGAGAACCUGCGGCGCUCUCGAGGGCUGAAGCUUACCGACAGCAGAGCCGAGAUGGUCGAGAUAAAAACCAAACGUCUCCAGUCACCACUUACGCCUGUCAAAGCUAAAGAGAAGAACCGAGUGAACUUUAUCAUCCAGCGUGAGAUCCAGGAGGAGAACCAGAAGAAGGAGGAGCCUCAGCAGCAGGAAGGGAUCCUAGUACGACACCGUCUAGAUCCUCUACCGGAGCUGGAGCUUGACCAACAAGACGAGGACAAGAGGACGGAAGAAAUAACUCAUUCUGAGUCUGGAGGAGCAGAAGUCUUCCUGUCACCAUGCUGUCCUCAUCGACACCCUAACAAAACCGAGAACAUCAGCAGAAAGAGUUCAGCUCCUCCUUCCUUCUCUGUGAGGGGCUCAGAGGUGCAAACAACUUCUUCAUCCUCCCACUUCUCCUCCUCCCCCGCACUGACACCUCGGCUUGGUACCACGUCGACCACUCCUUGGUCCUGGAGGGAGAACCUGGAGUCAAAUGGCCUGCAGUCCAGAGGAAAAGGAGCUCCAGAUUUCAUCGAGAAGGAGAUCGAGGAGGCCCUGAAGCGGGAACAGGAGCUGAGGGAGUCCAGGGAGGAAACUGAUAGACAGUUCUUCUCUCCAGCUCCUCUGUUGGAACAGGCCACCAAAGUGGCCGUCAGUCAGUUCUACCCACCUGCCAACACAGAUCAGCCCAUCAGUGUGUCCUCCACGUCUCCUCGUCCCUUCAUGUCCUUUAUCACGGCUCAGCCCUGGUCCUCCCCACCUCCCCCCUCUUCUUCCCCCGCGGCGGUCCGGUCCCCUCCUCCUCCCCUUAGAGGUCUAUCGGAGACUCUGCUGCAAGACUUCAAGGAGAGACAAGUCAAAGUGAAGCUGGAGGAGAGCAUGUACGCAGGAAUUCUGCCGGUUGACGACGUGAAUAGCGAGGUGGUUGAGUCGACUCGAGUCAUUCGACAUAAAAACCAACGCGCUCUGCGCUGGGAAGCUGGAGUGUUCUCAAAUCAGGAGGACCAGUGAGACCACCAGGACCAGGACCAGGAUCUGCAGGAUGACAUGGUGACUCCUCUUGGUCGUCUCUUCACUAACAGGACUUUUCUCAGAUUUUCUCCUUCAUCUUAAAUUAAAAUGGUUUUAAACUGGAAUGUUCUAAAGAAACGGCUGUUCCUGAUUGGUCCCCUCUCCUCGUCCAAUCAGCUGCAAGCUGCUGAGUAAAGCCUCAAAGAGAGGUUAUGUAUCUGAUUUAUAGAGGAAAUGAAGUGAGUAAAGAGCAAUUUGUUUGAUCACCUGAAGAUUUUUUCAUAAUUUUAAACUCGUGCUUCUAAAAAUGACACAAUAAUAAAAUCAAACUGUCCUCCUAUCUGUUUAGAUGUCAAAAUAAGAGAUUUGUGUAAUAUGAAUUCUAAAUAACAAUAAAUUAAUGUUCAUAGUGAAAACGAA